AUGGUUCUCGAAAUGGAUAUGUUCCGCGAAGAGAAGGGUGAAUUUUGCUUAAAUGAGAUGAUAACUCUAAUUUUUUUUUUUACAAAUUUUGAAUUAAAUUUUUGAAAGAAAUAAUAAUAAAAUAAAAUAUUCUUUAUCAUCAAUCAAGUUCCAAUUUUGUUCAAGGUGGAAACCCGGAAAUCGUUCGCGAUUCUCAACGUAAACGUUUCAAAGACGUCGGAUUGGUAGAUAAGGUUAUUGACCUCGAUCAGCAGUGGAGAAAAGGUUAGAAAAUAUAAUUUUUCAAAUUUAUUCUUAUGAAUUUAUUUUUAGAACGAUUUCUUGCUGAUCAGCUCAACCGACAGAAGAACUUGUUCAGCAAAGCCAUCGGGGAGAAAAUGAAGGUAAAAAUAUAUUUAUGAAGAUUUGAAAUUUAGAAAAAAAUUAGAAAAAAGAAGCUCAAGGAGAUGAUGACAACGUGGAAGAUGAUAUUGUUAGCCGCCUUGCCGAUUUGAAUCUCGAUCAAUUAAAGGUUUGGAAAAUAUUAAAAGUUACCUCAAUUCAUUCUAUUUUAAGGAUCUCUCUGUUGUGCAAAUCAAGAAACUCCGCGUCCUCGUCGAUGAAAAAAUGAUUGAAACGAAGGUUUUUCAUAAAUUUCUCGAAAAAUAAGUUCAUACAAAAACAACAGGCUGCCAUGGAAUCCAAAGAAGCCGCCAGACAGGAAGCCCUGGUCCAAAUCGGAAAUCUGAUCCACGAUUCGGUCCCAGUUUCCGAUGACGAGGCCAACAAUCGCAUCGAGAGAACUUUCGGAGAUAUCAAGUCGACGAAAAAGUAUUCCCAUGUUAGUUUUUUGUGAAUUUGGCCCAUAAAUUCCGCUGUUUCAGGUUGAUUUGGUCGUGAUGGUUGACGGAUUCGACGGCGAACGGGGCACUGUUGUCGCGGGAGCUCGUGGCUACUUCCUUAAGGGACCACUUGUCUAUUUGGAACAGGCCAUUAUUCAGUUGGCCUUGCAAAGGUUUUUUUUGUUUCUGGAAUCUAACUCGCCCAGGAAAAAUAUUCAUACUCUGAGUAUCUCUUAGAAAGACACGAUUAAAAGGUGAAAAAUUCACUUUUUCUACUUUAGUGCAAACAUUUUUUAUUACUCAAACUUCAUUAUUCACUUCGAAGUUUUUUUUAAGUACGAAUCCGAAAAAAGGCAUCUAUCGUGAAGUUCAGGGAAAAAAUAUCGCGAUUUUCUUUUUGAAUCAUUGUUUCUUAACUUUUUUGAGGAUUCAAGCGAAGUUGAACACAUUUUUGUGGGCUUACAUUCGUCUCAUAAAUUUAUUUUUGAAAAAAAGAAACAGAUACGUUUCAAAAAGACGAUAUAAUAAUAUGGAAUUGAUUUCUCGCGAUUUUUCUGGUGAUUUGGCAUACGAAAAAAAUUUUUAUUACUUUCUCUUAAUACUUAUCUAUAACUUUAAAAAUAAUCCCAAUAAGUUCAAAAUGGUAUGAAUACUUUUCAAUUAGCAUUUGAAUAUGAUUGAAAAUUUUCCGAUGCUUCCAGUAUUUCUACCAUUGUCUUUAUCUCUUCUAGUCGAAUAAAGUUUGUUGACAUUAUUUUUUCAAGGCUCGGCGCCAAGAACUAUGUCCCGCUGUACACGCCAUUCUUCAUGAGGAAGGAAGUCAUGCAAGAAGUUGCUCAAUUGAACCAAUUCGACGAGGAAUUGUACAAGGUACAUUUUUAAAAAUUAAUUUCCCAAAGGACUCUCAUCGUUUGAUUUUUCAAAAUCUUUGAAUGAAAAGGUAAUGCCUCAAGGGCUUAUCUAUAACAGUUUUUGAUUUUCUAUAAUGUUCGCAAGGAAUAUUACAAAAAAAGGUCAUUUUACUUUACAAAAAGGUCAUUCUAAUUUUGCACCCAUAUUCUGUGGCAGUGGAAGGAGGAAAACCGAGAAAGUAUCAUAAGAAAAAUAGGAAAUUUUAGUAAAUUUUUAUAGGUGAGCGGAAAGGGCUCUGAAUUGGCCGACGACCAGACGAUCGACGAGAAAUACCUGAUCGCCACUUCUGAGCAACCCAUCGCCGCCUAUCAUAGGAACGAAUGGAUCAAGGUUUUAAAAUUUCUGGAAAUCCUUUAACUUUGUUUAUUUCAGGAAUCUGAUCUUCCGAUCCGUUAUGCCGGAGUUUCAACGUGUUUCCGGCAAGAGGUCGGAAGCCACGGACGUGACACCAGAGGAAUUUUCCGGUUUUUGAAAAGACAAUCAAAAAUGAAAAAUUAAAUUUCACAGAGUUCAUCAAUUUGAAAAAAUUGAACAAUUCGUCCUCUGCUCGCCGAAUGACAACGAUUCGUGGGUGAUCUUUGACGAGGUUUUCAUAUUUUUUGAACUUAUUGAAAAAGAGAAAUUAAGAUGAUUGGAAACGCUGAGGAAUAUUACAAGGAACUUGGAAUUCCCUACCAGGUCGUGGCAAUUGUUUCGGGAGAACUCAACAAUGCUGCCGCCAAGAAGUUUGUUUCAUUUUUAAUUAUAAUUCGAGAAUAAGUAGGGAUUUAUUAAUAUUUUUUUUUUCCGUCGUGGGAAAUUUUUCCAAGAAUGAGACAGGAAAAAAAUAAGAUUUUUUUCAAAUUUUUAUCUUUUUUUAACGUUUUUUUCAUUCGGAAUGACAAUACUCCAUUAAAGAAAAAACAUUCUCAAAGCGUCUAUAGAUGAUUUUUGAGCAAAUUUGUGAAUUUUAACAAGUAUUUGUUGAUUUUGAACAUAAUUCUAAUAUCAUAAAAAAAGAAAAAAAGCUCUGUUUAAAAGUUGGAGCAAUCAAUGGGAAAGUAUCUUUGAAAUUAACGAAAGUUUUUCAAAUUAAAUAUCAAUUAUUUUUGAAGUAAAAAGAUCUAAAUAUUCAUUGCGAAGAAUUUUCCGUUUUCAAACUCCAAAAGUUGAACUUCACUCUCUUCAAUACCUGUUCUUUUUAGAGUUCAGAAUAAUAGUUUUUUUCCUGAGAACGUUUCAUCUCAUUUCUAAAUUUCUGAACAAACUUGUUCCAGAAAGUGUGUAAUGCCCUUGUUCCUCACAUCAUGUUCGUUUUAUGUGAUUAGGUUUUGUGAAUAGUUCCGUAGACAAGUAAACGGAACGCCGAAACGAACAAUUAGCCAGAGGUUAAUGUUUCGAAUUUCUGAGAAAAAUCAUCAGGAAAGCGAUUUUUUGUGAGCGGAAAAUAUACGCCAUGUUAGUUGAAAAAAAAUUUUUCUUCGAAUUUUUUUUUCUCUCAAAAAAUUAAUACUAAGCCUUUCUCGCACGUAUUCUUUAAUAAACGGCUAACCUCAAUAUCUAGAGGUAGGUUCAACUUCUACUUUCAAUAUUUUUUGGAACGCUCCUCAAAUCUUCAUCAAAUAUCAAGCUUUUUAAACAUUCAUCGAUCCCAUCAAAAUUUUUCUCGAGAAAAAAAAAACCCUAAAGUUUUUAAAAAGUAAAUUGGAUCAGCAACUGUGAGAAAAAAAUUUUCAAAAUGUAUAUUUCAACUGUUAUUUCUUUACAAAAUUUCACUCAUUCGAGGCCUUAUGGCUCUUGAAAGCCUGACUAUCAAAUGCUUGAAAAUAACUGUGAGUUUAGACUGGACCUCGAGGCGUGGUUCCCAGGCUCGCAGGCCUACCGAGAGCUCGUCUCGUGCUCCAACUGCCUCGACUACCAGGCGCGUCGCCUCCGCGUCCGCUACGGCCAAACGAAGAAGAUGGACGGCGAGGUGAAGCCUCCCUGUGCAAACAGCCGCCAUGAUACGUAUAUCCCCGUUGCAGGUCCAGUACGUACACAUGCUCAACGCGACCAUGUGCGCGACGACUCGUGUCAUCUGCGCCAUUCUCGAGAAUUAUCAGACUGUGACGGGAAUCGAAGUCCCUGAGGUGUGUAGGAAAAGUGCACUUCCUGAUUGAAUUAGAUCUUCUUAUCAAUCAGUCAAUCAAAAAGCUCCAUUCUGCAAUCAAAAUUUUUGACCCGGAGGACCAAGCAAAAGCUUUCAUUAUAAUAUCGAUAGAAAUAAUUUCCAUCUGAGGAAAAUACAAAAUAAUAUUAGCCUAUUUCCAUUUUACACUCCACUAAACAUGAAUCUAGACGACGUUUUUCUGAAAUUGAUGAAACAGUAGCAUCAUGCGCAGUUGGCGGACCCUAAAAAAUUUCAGUUUGAGCUUUUUCCAUAUAGCAAUAAUAUAUGCUUUCUCAUUCGAAGUUCUAUAGACAAUCAUUUAAUUUUAAAAGAAAAUUUCAGAACAACUCGUUUUUCUGGAACCGUUCAUUUUCCUGUGCUUUUUUGAAAAUUUUCGCCAUUUCAGUUUUUUAAAAAGAUUCUGAUUUUUCAGCUUGAGCUUAAUGAGCCAAACCUGAAGUUCAAGUUAUACUAGGUCCAAAAAGGCGUUAACAUAUUCCAAGAGUGAAAGAGCGAAAAUAUUUGUAUCUCGAAACCAUGAAAACAUCUCUUCCGCUUUUAAAAAUAUCAUCAAGUGUUUUGGAAAGUCUAAAGAAUUUUGAAGUUUGGCUCUUACGCGUUAACUAGGAUCAGCGGAAAGUUCAAGAACAGACGAGAUCUAGACGUCCUGGGGGGAUUUUGAUUCAAAAAAAAGAAUGGAAAUGGAAGAGCACUAGCUCAUAGUUUUUUUUUUCAAGGUUCUGCAACAAUGGAUGCCUGAGCGGUACCGCACACACAUUCCAUUCGUGAAGCCGGCGCCGAUCGACGAGGAAAAGAAAAAAUCGUCGAAAUAAAUGGCCCUAUUGAGAGGUUUAUUUGCGUUCCCAAACUUUUGUGCUCCAUUUGUUGGCUGUUGUCGUUUUUUAAACUAUUUCUUUUUCUCAUAGAAUAUAUCAAAUUUUCAAAAUUGUUUUUUUUUCUGCAUAAGCGUGCGGAUGCUUUAUUCGGUUUCGGUUGCAUGUUAUUCGCUUUUGGGAAAAAAGCACCUAUUUAAUAAAUGUUAUUAAUUUAAAAUCUGCACGUUGGAGCAAAGAAAGUUAGAAUAUUUCUUUCAAAAAGCGAUGGGACUUUCAUGAAGAUUACUGUAAAAUUGGCUGUUUUUAUUCAUUCAGAUUCCAGGCUCAAGGUCAUUAAAAUGAAGUACGCAAUAAAAACUGCUGAAACUUUGAUAUUUGUAGUAACUUUUUAGACUUGAUUUAAAUAAAAAAAGUGUUUUUCCCGGGAUGUUGGUGCUAGAAAGGUUGAUUUAGCGAUGGCUUGAGCUGAAAUUUGAGUUAUGAAGGAUUUUUUUAGAAAAAAAGCUCAACCUAUCAACUUAGGGAAGUUUAUGGUACCGAUGGAAUUUUUGGCUGAAAAAAAGAUGUAUUCAUGGCGAAAAUUCCUGUUUUUUUUUUCAACAAAGUUUCAAAGUUUCUUUUCAGGGGUUCAGAUGCGCCAGAAAUCACAAAGGAAGUGGAAAAAUAAAUUUAGGAAAAUUCUCAAAAACACAAAAAAAUGUUUACUAUUUCUAUAAGCAAAAAAAGGCGUUUUUUCGAUCUAAAUAAGAGUGAUUUAAACUACUAAAAGUUACUUAAAAAUUACUCAAAAGUUACCAAAAGGUACUUCCAAGCUCAAGGAACAUUCAAAAAUUUUAUUCAUUCCUUCUUGCAAUUUUCCGAUUUCAGAAUAAUCAAAGGUCAAUAAUUCGUAAGUUCGAAACGAAACGAUUAUUUACUUGACAUAGGUUUAUGCCUUUAAUAGCACAUUAAGGGAUUUUGAAGAUACUGUAACAAAUUAAUGAAAGACUGCAGGAACACUGAGAAAACUCCCAUAAAACGUGUGUUUUGUUGCGUCGGGAAGAGAGCAUUCUUUACGAAAUACAAAACGGUCGGAACGGCGGCCGAGAAAGAGAAGGGCGCAGACAGUCGGCUGGUCGGACCCGUUCAAUGUAUUCGCCGACUGCGGUAUCGACCUGUACCCCUCUAUCAUCCCCGUCUCUUCCUUCUCUUCCCUCUCCUUGCUUUCUUCCCUGUUUACAGCUGA